AUGGACCGACUUGGCAGUAAACUGAAGUCUAAGUUAAAACUCUCUGACUCUGGGAGUGUGAAAUUUAGCAAGAAGAAAAACGAACUGGCUAACACUAAUAAUAACAGCAACAUCAGCACCCCUAGUGGUGGAACAGCAGAAGACCAGAGCUCAGCUACCACCAGCCCACCUGCCAGCACGGGUCAGUUUACCCUGACCUGCCCCGGUGAGGCGUGCAGCCAGUCAGUCAGCAGAAAUGGAAAAGUGGUCAGUUCACAACGGAUCUCUCCGUCUUCGACGACCGCUUCUACUACGGUGCCCGAAGAACGCGGAGCCGUCGUUGAACACCACCCGACGACCCUCGCUCCGCUACGGCGCCGGUCCCCUCAGCAACGUGCCUCGUACUACCUGCCGGAAGGCGUGGAUAGCCGGGCAGGGGGCGCUGGGGACCAACUGAGGCGGGGUGAUUCUCCCCGUGGGGAGGCUGACCCCCAGACCGCAUACAGCCCUAAUUCCCAAGCUGCCGCUAACCAGCGGCGCUAUUCGCUGGAGCUCCAGCAGCUGGUCCGACGCCAGCAACUCCUGUCCCAGCCUCCACAACACUCCAUGCCACCGCCGUACCCCUCCCACAGCUCUGUGGCCCGGUCUGGUACGACCGAGCCGAGCUUUCUGCCCGAACCGGAGCGCCACAAGCGGUUCUCCCUGCAGGAGGCGCUGUUCUACAAGCGGUCAAGCUCUGGCAGCGAGCAGUGGGACAGUGUCCGACCGGCCUCACUCUCCCACCCUCCGCAACGGCCCGUCGAGGGAGGAGGAGGGGGGUUCUUCUUUUCCCCGGGCCCCGCGCUCAGCCCUUGCUCCUCCUUCAGUCUGCAGGAGUCGGUUCUGGCCAGUCCUCGCUCCAGCUUUGCCAGUAGCACGGCCAGUGGGGGCGGAGGCGGCAGCGGCAGUCCCAUGGGGAGUCGCUGCAGCAGCAACCGCACCAGCGGCAUUAGCUUGGGUUAUGACACGCGCCACACGCUGGCCCCACAGCUCCAGUUCUCCUCCACACAGCUAGGUGGCGCCUCAGCUGGACAAGGCUACUCCGUGUCAGGAGGUGGAAAGGUAGUGGCACCUCCUAUGGAGGUGUGGAGAGACUACCUGGAGGGAGGGAUAGCGCAGGAUAGCCGACACUCCUACCCGCCUGCGGUUGGUACCCCAACCGCGGUUUGUUCUCGUGCUGAACCCGAGUGGUGGGGAAGUGAGGGGAUAGGUGAACGGGCUCGACACUCGGAUCUCCUGGGUACCCGCUACCAGCAGGAGCUCACGCGUCUGCUCCUGAGGGACGCGGCCUUAAAGGAGGAGGGGCUUCUUGGAGGGCUGACCCUCAAAGACCAACCUUUACCCGCGAGGCCCCCCAGCGCCCCUCUCUCUUGUGGACCAGUCAGAACGCAAGAGGAGUUGGGGACCUCGAGGGAACACUCUGAAAACCGUCAGGAGUUUUUUGGCACCUGUGUGAAGUGCGGUAAGGGUGUGUAUGGGGCGGACAACGCUUGCCAGGCUCUGGACAGUCUGUAUCACACCCGCUGCUUCACCUGCGUGUCCUGCGGUCGAACACUCAGAAAUAAGGACUUCUAUAACGUGAAUGGUUCUGUGUAUUGUAAGGAGGAUUACUUGUUCUCAGGCUUCCAAGCUGCAGCAGAGAAGUGCAGUGUGUGUGGUCACCUUAUUUUGGAACAAAUCUUACAGGCCCUGGGGAACUCUUAUCACCCCGGCUGUUUCCGCUGCAUUGUUUGCUCCAAAGCUUUGGACGGAGUUCCCUUCACAGUAGACUACCUCAACAACGUCUACUGUGUCUCUGACUACAACAAGACAUUUGCUCCGAAAUGCGCUGCCUGUUUACAACCCAUUUUACCGGCUGAGGGCAGCGAGGAGAUUCUCAGGGUGGUAUCUAUGAACAAAGACUAUCACUUUGAGUGUUACCACUGCGAGGAGUGUGGGAAGCAGCUCUCGGAUAAACCUGGAUCUCAGUGCUACCCUCUGGGCUCCCAUUUACUCUGUCACUCAUGUCACAUGACCAGAGUGUGCUCCACUCAUAACCUUCCCCCUCACAACACACACUGAAAUUUGGGAGGGGAAGGGGGGAACCCAAUGUGUGACAGACAUUCCUGCCCAGUUUUGUACUGUUAUGCACAUUCAGUAAACCCAGGCUUCAAAGGCUGUCUCACUUUAGCGUUCAGGUGUUGUAACAUCAA